ACGUUGGUUGAAGGAAGGCGUUGCUGACGCGAACGAGUGGAAAGGGAAAAUGGCGGACCUCGAAGACGUUAAACUGGACGGGAGGCCGCUACAAUCACUUCGCGUGGCGGAUUUGAAAGCUGCUUUAGAGGAGCGCGGACUUCCUAAAAGCGGACAGAAAAAUACUCUCGUUAAGAGACUCAAAGGGGCUCUCAUGCUGGAGAACCUCCAGAGAACAUCACACCAUCACAUAGGACUGCAGCCAAACUCCCAGAUUGGUGAAGAGAUGAGCCAGAACAGCUUCAUAAAGCAGUAUUUGUCAAAACAGCAGGAGCUCUUGAGGCAGCGUCUGGAGAGAGAGGCCCGGGAAGCAGUUGAAGAUGAUGAUACAGACAAAGAGGACCACACACAGGACAAUCACAGCGCUGCCUGUGCUGCCCCAGACCAGGAUGUCGCACCUGUGUUGGUUGACCAGCACAAACUUUUUGGCCUCUCCGAGGGAAAGGGACUAGCAGGCCCAGCAAGAGAGGGAGAGGGGCACAUGUCCAGAGACGGCCAUGUGUCUCCUCCACCUGCCCCUACCUCUGCUGUUGUUUCCUCUCUGGCUGUGCGUGUAGCUGUUGACGAGCAGAGACCAGAGAGAGUCCCAGCAGAUAGUGAUGAUGACGGCGCUGAUGAGGACUGGGAUAGCGGUGCCAGGAGGAGGAAUCUAGGAGAGCCACCAAGAGGCCAACUAGCAAGAGCAAGGUCUGGAGGAUCCCGCCAACACCCACAGCACAUUCCCCCCCUAUUGUCUCCGCAGCUUCGACAGCCUACCCCUCCUCCCUCCCCUCCCCCAGAGUUAUCAUUCCCACUGCCUGAUACCCCUAAACAAAGCCCCCCUAGUCCAGGUGAGCCCCCAGCUAGGCAGCGUACUUCCAGUACCUCCAGCUCUGGCUCCUCUAGCAGUGGCAGUUGUAGUAGCAGCCCAGAUCCACAAAGCAACACAGAGCGCAAGCCUGGCCCACUGACCCUGCUGGCACGCAAAAUGGCAUCAGAGGGGGCUUUCUCUGGAGUUGGGUGGCAUGGGCGUGGAGAUGCAGAGAGGCAGGACAACAAUGCUGCAACUGCAACAAUGUCUUCUGGUAGAGGUCCUCAAGAGGGCACAGUGUCUGCCAUCACCCACACAACCAAUGCUGCAGCCAGUUUGCCCUUCCCCAGACUGGUUCCAGUAACAAACCAGGGAGCUCUUGGAGGCCAUCUCCUCCACAGUGAAGUUCCUGUGAGUGUGCUUAGGCCCACUAUUAUGGAAGAGAGAGAUGCUGCAUGGCCGCAAGAAAACAACAAGGAAAAGGAGCUGCAGGCAGAGAGUGAAAGAGAAAAAUCCCCUGAGCAAGAGCGACUUGGUGCCGUGGAGCAGGAAAGACUGGAGAGGCAGAGAAUAUUUGAGCAACAGCAUGCUGUGGAGCAAGAAAGGGAAAGAGCUUUGGAGCGAGAGAGGAAGGAGAUAGAGAAAGCUUUGGCGCGAGAGCGGAAGGAGAGGGGGAAGGCUUUGGCGCGAGAGAAAGCUUUCGAGCAAGAAAGGAAGGAGCGGGCUUUGGCGCAAGAGAGGGCGCAAGGUCUUGAACGAGAAGAGGAGGAAAGAGAGAAAGCUUUGGCAAAAGAGAGGGAAGAGCGAGAGAAAGCUAUGCAAUUAGAAACGCAGAGAGCCAUGGAACGAGAGCGAGCUUUGGAGCAGGAGAAGGAGAAAGCUUUGGAGAGCGAGAGGAAGGAGAAGGCUUUGGAGAGAGAGGGGGAGGAGACUGCUUUGGAGAGAGAGAGGGAGGAGACGGCUUUGGAGAGAGAGAGGGUGGAGACGGCUUUGGAGAGAGAGAGGGUGGAGAAGGCUUUGGAGAGAGAGAGGGAGGUGGAGAAGGCUUUGGAGAGAGAGAGGGAGGUGGAGAAGGCUUUGGAGAGAGAGAGGGAGGUGGAGAAGGCUUUGGAGAGAGAGAGGGAGGUGGAGAAGGCUUUGGAGAGAGAGAGGGAGAAGGCUUUGGAGCUAGAGCGUAUGGAGAGGGUAAAGGUUUUGGAGCUAGAGCGGCAGAAAGCUUUGGAACGGGAGAUGAAGGAGAAAGAGAGGGGGGAGAAGGUGAGGGCUUUGGAGCAAGAAAGAAUUGAAAGGGAGAAAGCCCUUGAGAAAGAAAGAGAGGAGAGGGAGAGGGCCUUAGAACAGGAGAAGGUGCUACAGAGAGAAAAAGAGAAGGCUUUGGAACAGGAGAAGGCCUUGCAGAGAGAGAAAGAGGAGAGGGAGAGAGCUUUGGAACAGGAGAAGGCCUUGCAGAGAGAGAAAGAGGAGAGGGAGAGAGCUUUGGAACAGGAGAAGGCCUUGCAGAGAGAGAAAGAGGAGAGGGAGAGAGCUUUGGAACAGGAGGCCUUGCACAGAGAGAAAGAGGAGAAGGAGAGAGCUUUGGAACAGGAGAAGGCCUUGCACAGAGAGAAAGAGGAGAAGGAGAGAGCUUUGGAACAGGAGAAGGCCUUGCACAGAGAGAAAGAGGAGAAGGAGAGAGUUUUGGAACAGGAGAAGGCCUUGCACAGAGAGAAAGAGGAGAAGGAGAGAGCUUUGGAACAGGAGAAGGCCUUGCACAGAGAGAAAGAGAAGGAGAGCGCUUUGGAACAGGAGAAGGCCUUGCACAGAGAGAAAGAGGAGAAGGAGAGAGCUUUGGAACAGGAGAAGGCCUUGCACAGAGAGAAAGAGGAGAAGGAGAGAGCUUUGAAACAGGAGAAGGCCUUGCACAGAGAGAAAGAGGAGAGGGAGAGCGCUUUGGAACAGGAGAAGGCCUUGCACAGAGAGAAAGAGGAGAGGGAGAGCGCUUUGGAACAGGAGAAGGCCUUGCAGAGAGAGGAGAGGGAGAGAGCUUUGGAACAGGAGAAGGCCUUGCACAGAGAGAAAGAGGAAAAGGAGAGAGCUUUGGAACAGGAGAAGGCCUUGCACAGAGAGAAAGAGGAAAAGGAGAGAGCUUUGGAACAGGAGAAGGCCUUGCACAGAGAGAAAGAGGAGAAGGAGAGAGUUUUGGAACAGGAGAAGGCCUUGCACAGAGAGAAAGAGGAGAAGGAGAGAGCUUUGGAACAGGAGAAGGCCUUGCACAGAGAGAAAGAGAAGGAGAGCGCUUUGGAACAGGAGAAGGCCUUGCACAGAGAGAAAGAGAAGGAGAGAGCUUUGGAACAGGAGAAGGCCUUGCACAGAGAGAAAGAGGAAAAGGAGAGAGUUUUGGAACAGGAGAAGGCCUUGCACAGAGAGAAAGAGGAAAAGGAGAGAGCUUUGGAACAGGAGAAGGCCUUGCACAGAGAGAAAGAGGAGAGGGAAAGUCAUCUUCCUCCAUGGAAGCGUAGGUGUGAGUUUGGUCUUACCCCCCUGCCUACUCCUCCCCUCUCCACAGGAGCAGGUAAGAUGGCGGCAACAGAGGAGGGUGGGGAGCCCAAAGUGCCAUCCCUACCCCAAAAAGCAUUAAGAGACAACCGGCCAGCUGAAUCUGGUACGCCCCUGUCACAAUCUCUAGCAACGUCUCUGUCACCCCAGUCCUCCUUCAAGAAGUUCCGUUUCUUGAGAGACCCCAUAGUUCUAUCCCAGUCUUCUGCAUCCGGGGUCAUCAAGAGGCCCCGUACAUUCUCUGAAAGCCCCCAUCCUCAGUCCUUAGCUCUCCAGUCCCCCAGCAAACCUGGGGAAGCAGAGCAGGAAGGUACUCAGCAGGGGGCCCAGCCUUCUGCUUGGCAAGCAGCACCAAAGAAGCCUGCAAGUCAGGGGGUCCCUGUUUCUGGAGCAGACCCGUUGGGGACGACAGGGCCAGAGAGGGAGACCCCAGUGAUUGUCACACUGGGCAAGAGUCCUGAAGAAGAAAAGGGUAAGAGCCUGGUCUCAGAGGAGCAUGUCCAAGCACAUAGAGAGGAGACAGACAAACAGGCGGUGGGAGAGAUGGCCAGAGAAGCAAACACCCCCUCAGGUCCAGCGGGAGCUGUGCUACCUCCCUCACCCCAACCAGUGGAAGGCAAGUUAGAAAAAGGAAGGGAGAGAAGUCAAAAGAAAGAAGAAAAGCUGGGAAGACUGGCUUCCUCGUCGAAUGACUCCUCAGAUUCUGACUCUGGGUCGUCGUCCUUAGGUUCGUCUGGUUCAUCAUCAUCCCAGGGCAAAACACACACCACUCCCAGUGGUAGAAGGCCUGAGAAACCUCAGACAAACACCAUAUCCCAGGAUACGGAAACGGUUAGUCAACCUGAGGAUCCAACUGAGGCCCCAAAAGCCCCACAGCAUAAAAAGCGAGUAUCUGGGGAGGAGGAAGAGGACAUAAACAUUGAUGGAGCCAGACACAGGAAGAAACCAUUCCUUGGAAUACAUGCAGGAGAAGACAAUGGGCAGAAGGACAGCAAGGGAGAGGAGGUGAAGACAGACACUACAAGGGAGGUGAAUGAGGCUGCCAUGGCUGAGCCUAAGAAGGCUCCUGAGAGCAGUGAGGAGUGUGUGACACCAAAAGCAUUCACAGCCCGUAGGAUCUCCCUUAACAGCAGCAAGGCCUCUCCAGGUGCUGUCACUGCAGAGGGCGAAACAGAGUCUGGGGCUGGGAGGAAGAGGCGAUGGGGAUCCAGCACUGCAGUCACAACCAAGAAAUCAUCCAUGAGCAUCACCACAGACUCUCUGAAGUUUCUGAUCCCAGACAUCAGACUGUGUCCAGGCCAGGAGAUGGUGGUGGAUCUGCACCCAGAGGAGGAUCACCUCUCUGGGGUGGAGGGCAGGGAGCGGGGUGAGCAGGACCUCAAGAUCAGACGCACAGUCACACAGGUGGUCCUGUCAGUGACCCAGGAGAAUGGACAGAAGGAGUCCAAGAGGAGUGAACACGAGGAGGAAGACCGAGAGGAUGGAAGGGAGGUUAAAGAAGACAGAGAGGAGAAGAUGGAUGGCUCAUUCCAGAGAGACUCCAUGGAGACACAAUGCACCUCUCCCCCCAGCCAUGACAUGGAGAUGAAAACAGUGACCCCCAGUGACACAAUGAUCCGUCGCUCCAUCACCAUAGAUGACCCUGUCCGCAUGGCCAAGCAGCCCUCUCCUCCACGAGGCAAAGUGUCCAUCACCAUAGAUGACCCUGUCCGCAUGGCCAAGCAGCCCUCUCCUCCACGAGGCAAAGUGUCCAUCACCAUAGAUGACCCUGUCCGCAUGGCCAAGCAGCCCUCUCCUCCACGAGGCAAAGUGUCCAUCACCAUAGAUGACCCUGUCCGCAUGGCCAAGCAGCCCUCUCCUCCACGAGGCAAAGUGUCCAACAUCGUCCACGUGUCCAACCUGGUUCGUCCGUUCACCCUGAGCCAGCUGAAGGAGCUGCUCGGUAGAACCGGCACCGUGCACGAGGACUGUUUCUGGAUCGACAAGAUCAAAUCUCACUGCUACGUCACAUACUCCAGUGCAGAGGAGUCAAUUGCCACUCGUGCAGCCCUGCAUGGGGUGAAAUGGCCUCAAAGCAACCCCAAGUUCCUCAGUUUGGACUUCAUUCAGCAGGAGGAGCUGGAUUUCCACAGAGGCCUGCCUCCCCCUGAGAGGGCUGGGGAGGGUGAGCGGGGGGCUGCGGCGGUGCCUGGUCGGGGGGCAGCCCUGCCCCCUCUCCUGCCCGAACGGGAACAGUGGGCGGAGCGAGAGCGUGAGAUGGAGCACAGGGAGAGGACCCGGGCUGAGAGGGAGUGGGACAGGGACAAGGUCCGGGACAUUGGUCCAGGAAAACCUGGAGAGGAAGCGGUCCCCAGACGAUCCCGCUCCAGAGAGAGGAAACGCAAGGAGCGGAAGAUGGACAAGAAAGAGAAAGCUGCAGAUGAACCUCCUGUCAAACUGCUGGAUGAACUGUUCAAGAAAACCAAAGCAGCCCCUUGUAUAUACUGGCUCCCCCUCACAGAAGAGCAGUUUUCACAGAAGGAGACAGCUCAUCAAGAGCGGAUGAAGGAGCGAGAGAAGAGGAGGAAGGAGCAGCAAGAGGAGGUGGAGAAGAAAAGGGAGGAAGAUCGCAGAGAAAGGAUGAAAGCCGCGAGUGCUGCAUCUGGAGAAAGAGGCGAGGGGGAGCUGUACAGAGAGCGAGAGAGAGACUGGGGCAGAGAUGGAGAAAGUGACAAACACAGAGAAUACUGCUACCGCAGACCUGGGUGUAGCAGUGCAGGGGGGGCCAGAUGCUCCCGCAGCCGCAGUGACACCCCACCUCGUGACAGACGACGCUAGAGGGAAUUUGUAUGGCUGGAACUGUCUUAAAAUAACCCCCCCCCCCAUUCCCCAUCACUACAUUUACUUUGUUACAAUAUAAGACCCUACAGUAGACCAACAGAUGUAGUCACUAUCUGUCACGUUUUUUAAACAUACACCGACACAGAUAGGGACCAUGGUUUAGCUGUGUUUUCCCCCAGGCUGCUAUCUGUCUUGCUCCAUUAUGAAAGUUUAGAUUUUAUUUCAUUUUGCCUGACUGUUUUCUUUUUUUGUUUUCUUAUGUUCUUGUGAGAUUGACAGUAAGGCAACCAACCCCCCCCAUACGUAAGUGCUUUACGUAGAGUUCUAUGCAUACACACACUGGUUUUUGGCCUUCACCAGUUGUGUGUGUGUGUUCCACGACUGGUUUCUGUGGGGUGCUUCAUCAUUGCUGCAUGUUGUCCCAGUCCACUGUGCUCAGCCUUGUGUCCUAGGGAGGACUGACGUGUUUGUGCAGUGUUCUGUUCCCUCUGUCUUUGUUUAGUUUGAGGGAUGAGACUAUUAUCUGCAAGAUAGUAGAAAUGACACGCUCCUCUGAUCUGUGUUUUCAUCUUCUAAAUGCUUCUUUCUGCUCAUCCAAUAGUUCUCCCUGUACGGUCAACGCAAGCUGGAGAAGGGGUGCAUAUUAAAACUCAACACAAAUGGUUUUAAUAGUUUUUUAAAUCAUUAUUAAAGCUUUUCUUUUUUGUUUACUCCUGUGAAUGUACAAAUAAAAAAAAGUUUGAAAAAGC